AUGCUCCCAUCGCUAUACUCCUCGUCGCGCAUGCUCUGCUUGCCCGUCGAAAUCGUCAUCCCGAUCCUCAGCUAUCUUGACUACAAGGGCUUGCUAACCUGUAGAGCGGUCUGCAGGGCGUUCCAUGACGUUGUGAAACGCUCCCUAGAACUUCAAUACAAGAUCGAACUGGCCGCCGACGGACUGGUAGACGGAGUAGGCGUGAAUCUGACUACCGCGGAACGUCUCGCACUCCUCCUGGACCGGAGGAAGAGAUGGCGGACGCUGGACUGGAUGAGCCGCACUGCCGUGUCUGUCCCAGGGGCAUGCCAGGCAUACGAGCUCGUCGACGGAGUCUUUGCAAAGUCGAUGAUGAGCGGCGCCCCGCUGUAUGGACCCGGCUCUCACCACCUCAAUGCGACGUGGCUCCCUACACGCGCACACCCCCCACGGAGCUUAGUUCGGGAGGACAUCGGAGUAGCGACGAGGGAUUUUGCGAUAGACCCCUCACAGGACCUCAUAGCGUUCGUGGAUGCGGAUAACGGCGACAACUCUCAGACUCGGAUUCAGAUCUACCUCCGGACGAUCAGUACGAAUGCGCGACAUCCGCACGCGGCGCUGCCGGAGCUCGUCGCGCCCAUCCCGUUCGAACUGGGGAGUUCGUUCAUCCAGAUCGUCGACGAUGUUGUCGGGAUGUUCUUCUGGGUGCACGGGCCGGGGCUGAUCAUCUGGAACUGGCAGACGGCGGAGGUGGUUGUCAAACGGACGAGUGACGGCAUGCCCGCGAGCACCUGGGACUUCUCCUUCCUCUCGAGCCGCGCAUACAUGGUCACGGCGACAUCCGGCGCGGGGUCCAUCGAGCUCUACAGCUUCAGCGGACGACCGGGCACGGCACCGCACCACUUUGCGACGCACUCGGGCCCCUUUGUGCGGUACCAGACGCCGGGGCGUGCGUUCACGACCGCGCGCGAGAAGCGCGUACAUCUCAUGUCGCUGCACUACGGCGAGCGCGGGCCGCGGUUCCACAUGUUCGUGCUGAACAAGUUCCUCAUGUCGUUCCUCCCGCCGGAGGGGGAGGCGCGGCCGUGGGCUGCGCACAACUGGAAGGCGUGGGGCCCGGAGAACACGCGGUUCCUGGAGCAUAACGUCAACUUUCAGUGGCUGAGAUACGUACACGGGACCCGCGUCGUGCUGCCACCGUUCUUUACUACCUGGCCGGUGCUGGAGUCCACCGUUUGCGUGCUCGACUUCAAUGUGCACCCGAAGAGGAUCGAGCACACUGUCCUUCCGGAAGGGUCGUCGAACAGAUACCAGCUCGUCACGGAUCCCUCGCGCGUCCCGGCUGGUACUGUGUUCCAGGAAGACGUGAUCACGUCCUUGCCUUACUCCGCGACGACACGGUCGGGCAAGUUCCAAUAUUCUGGGUUCAUGAUUGACGAUGAGAGGAUCAUCGGGAUGAAGCAAGUGGAGUACUCUGUUGCAUCGCGUAUGCCGCGUCCUCUUACCAGCCAUCACACUCUGUUUGCUACCACCACCUUUCUAUCGACGCCCAGCCAUCAAGCAACUAAGUCGCCAGAAGUCUUGCUGGCUAUCCCGGACUGCGUCGCCGCCCACGUUCUUGGAGAGACAACCGCGGAACUGGGGCGCGGGGAUCUCACGCUGGUCUUGACAACCAAGUCAGAGGUGUCUGCCCCAGCAGCGCCGUCGGCGACUGGAGCGAGUCAACACCCAUUGCUGACGCUCGCCGUCGGGAGUGCGGCAUUUCCUUUGUUCAAGACGACGACGUUCGGGACGAUCAACGACGACGAGAGGGUCUAUGUGUUCACGCCGGAGAUUGGGGGUGAACACGUCGCGGGUCAGCUGAGUUCUACAUUGGUGCGCAGCUACGUGAAGAUCACCCUUCCGGAAGGCGUCACAGUGCAGGGAUCUCCGUUUGAGAAGCUCCAAACACAGUUUGAGGAGAUUCUGGUGCACCAUGGACUACUUAAGGAGGGAAUCGAGGCUGUGGCGGACGAGGUUGGGAAGAGCAUGCGCGAGGGCUCUGCGAACGUCGCACAGACUGUCCGAAAGUCAACAUCAGAUUAUUCGGCGGAGAACCCACCGACCGACGCCCCCUUACCAGUUCCCGGCGUAGUGCACUCAGCGGCAUCCACCAGCGCCUCUGGAACGGGCACGCUCACGUCCGCGGUCGGGAGCGUCACAGGGCUCGUGUCCUCCGCCGCAGGACAGGCUGGUGCAUGGAUCGCCGCGCACGUCGUACCGACCACCACGCCCGCAACGCAGACGCUAUCCUCCGUGUCCAAUGCUUGGGACACCACGUCCGAUGGAUACGUCGCGGGCACCACCGAGGUCAAGUCGGCCGUGGCAGACGCGGCGGGCGUGCGAGUAGAGAACGAGUUCGGGCAGGAUACAAGGGCGGUGGCGGAGGAUACAGGCACGAGCGUGCAGAACGUGAGCACUGUGGUCGGGGAUGUGCUCGUGACGGCUAGCGGAACUGGCUUGGCGACGGCAGGACUUAAGGGUGCGGCAAGAACCCAGCUCAGGGAGCAAGAGGCGAAAGACCAGACGGAGGAAGAGGAUGAGAAGGACAAGCAUGACGAGGAGGAAGACGGUAAGCUGGAGGACAUAUCAUUCUGA